AUGCCAGUAUAUUUGAAAGUAUCAGACAACAACCGUGCUGAAACUGUCUUGCGGGAAUUUCUGCAAAGCGUGGAAGAGUUUGGACUUCCAUCACGUGUCCGCUCUGAUAAAGGCGGUGAAAAUGUCGAUGUUGCAGCCUAUAUGCUUUCUCACCUGGUAGAGGUAGUAUGA